AUGUCUUUGGCAGCGCUAUUGAACGACGACAAGGACGCAAAUAGUAAUCGCAUUGUUCACGGCAAGGCUCCUGUGCAGCUUCCGAGCCAGUAUCACAGCAGGAAUCGAGAUGGAAAAAGCGCAGGUGCCGGAGCUGGCAACUCUUUGUCUACAAGAGAGGGUUUUUUGCAACAGCUGAAUCGGGACUUCCGAGUACUGGGUGCGAGAGACAUCAGGGAGCAACGGUUCCAGGAUUGGAGGAUGUUGAAUUACCAAGAGUUCGAGUUGGUGACUGAGUGGAACAACCAGUCGAGGGAGUUGGGAUCCAACGGGUGUGAAAGCCUGCUGGCCAACAUGGAGACUGCCCAUCAGGAAUGGGACCAAUUCCAGGACUACACCCGGCAUAAGCACGAGGUUAUUCGUCAGCAGCGCGAAGCGCGCGAGAGACUUCGUCGUCAACAAGAACAGGAACGCAUUUUACAAGAGCAAGAACGGCGCCAGGCCCUAGAUCGUGAAGCUCGCGAGCGAAAGGCUCUGGAUCAACAGCAGAGGGCCAAAACUGCAACAGCCUCGGAUAAAAAGACGGGUUUAUCGGGAGCAAGACCAGGGUCCGCAAAUGGCGUUGACAUUUCAAGCUCUCAUAUUAAUGGUCAUGGCGAGCGCGGACACGGCGCUGGUGGCCACGGGAAGCUGCGUCAAGGCCACAACCAUGAUGUUAACGAUGAAGACGACCACGAUAAUGACGACGACGACGACCACAUUCAAGAUGACGACAACAGCAUCAACACGAGCAACAGCAACGACAACGGCGAAGAUAUGGAUGGCGUAGAGGAUCCCGAUGGGGAGGCCGAGAUAGAAGAGGAUAUUGACGAAGAGGAGCUCGAGGAUGCAGACCAUGACGAGGAGGUGGUUAUGCCGGAAGAUGACGACGAUAACGAUGAAGAUUUUCUGCUAGAAGAUGACAAAGGCAACUCGUUGGGUAAAACGUCCAGUAAGGUGGACCUCACAUCGGAGAAUGCCAAAAUCAGGCGAGAAAUUGCGCGCAUGGUAAAUAAGAACAAGAAUGUGAAAGCCAAGAAACGUCGUUUUACAAACUCUACCAUCGUCGAACAUAUUCAAAAUGAAAAACUUGAGGUCAAAGUGACUCUCAAGCAGUAUCACGUACGGCAGCUUAAACGCCUAAUUGCCGAAAAACAGCGUGCUGAAGAGGAAGAAAAAUCUGGAGGAGCCGAGCCUGCGGCAAAGAAACGCAAAACAGCACAAAAGGGCGAAAAUGCCGCCAUCCCAGAUUCUAUUGAUGGCUUGCCCACUUAUGGUCUUAAGAUGACGGUCAAGGAAGCGCGAGGUAUACAAAGACAUUACGAUAAUACCUAUUUCACCAUCUGGAAGGAUAUGGCGAGAAAAGAUUCAGCAAAAGUCGCUCGGUUAGUUCAACAAGCACAAGCGAGUAGGAAUGUCAACUUCAAGAAAACUUGUGCGUUAGUUUGCCGAGAAGCACGCAAAUGGCAGCUUAGGAAUUUCCGUCAGGCAAAGGAUUUUCAAUCUCGUGCACGUAGAGGAGUCCGAGAAAUGUCCAGUUUCUGGAAAAAGAAUGAACGGGAGGAACGCGAUCUCAAGAAAAAAGCUGAGAAGGAAGCUCUUGAUCAGGCCAAGAAGGACGAGGAAGAACGUGAAAAUAAAAGACAAGCCAGAAAACUGAACUUUUUAAUCACUCAAACGGAACUUUACUCACAUUUUAUUGGUCGAAAGAUCAAAACUGAUGAGAUCGAGGGUACUAUGGCCGACAAUUCAUUUGCGUCACAAGAUAAAGGAAAAAACGAAAUCGAUUUGUCUACAACAGAGGCCUCCAAGACUGACUUCCAUUCUAUCGAUUUUGACAAUGAAGACGAUGAAAUGUUACGAAUGAAGGCUGCGCAGAAUGCCUCUAGCGCGUUGCUAGCAAGUCAGAAUAAGGCCAAAGAAUUUGAUGCAAACCCGGAUGAGGAAGAUGAAUUGAACUUCCAAAAUCCUACUUCUUUAGGAGAUAUCACGAUUGAUCAACCCAAACUCCUGACAUGCACAUUGAAGGAAUAUCAACUAAAAGGUUUGAACUGGCUUGCUAAUCUGUACGACCAAGGUAUAAACGGUAUCUUGGCAGACGAGAUGGGUUUGGGGAAAACUGUACAGUCUAUCUCAGUUUUGGCUCACCUCGCAGAAAAUCAUAACAUCUGGGGCCCCUUCAUCGUGGUAACCCCUGCGUCGACUUUGCAUAACUGGGUUAACGAGAUUUCUAAAUUCGUUCCUGAUUUCAAAAUUUUACCUUACUGGGGUAAUGGAAAUGAUCGUAAGAUCUUAAGAAGAUUUUGGGAUAGAAAACACUUUCGCUAUGGUAAAGAUGCGCCAUUCCAUGUAUUGAUCACUUCUUAUCAAAUGGUGGUGUCUGAUGCAGCAUACAUUCAAAAAAUGAAAUGGCAGUAUAUGAUUUUGGAUGAGGCCCAAGCAAUUAAGUCUUCUCAGUCGUCUCGCUGGAAAAAUUUAUUAAGCUUUCACUGCAGGAAUAGGCUUCUUUUGACCGGCACUCCAAUCCAAAACAAUAUGCAAGAGUUGUGGGCCCUGCUUCACUUCAUCAUGCCUUCGUUGUUUGAUUCACAUGAUGAGUUUAGCGACUGGUUCUCAAAAGAUAUUGAAUCUCAUGCCCAGUCUAACACUAAGCUCAACCAACAACAACUGCGGCGUCUGCACAUGAUUUUGAAGCCUUUCAUGUUGAGACGUAUCAAAAAGAAUGUUCAGUCUGAAUUAGGAGACAAAAUCGAGAUUGAUGUGAUGUGCGACUUGACAAGACGGCAGCACAAAUUGUAUCAAGUUCUGAAGACCCAAAUGUCUGCUGCUUAUGAUGCUAUCGAAAAUGCUGCUGGUAAUGAUGAAGUUUCAUCCGACCAGAACAUCGUAAACACGGUAAUGCAGUUCCGUAAAGUUUGCAAUCACCCAGAUCUAUUUGAAAGAGAGGAUGUCAGCUCUCCAUUCGCUUUUACAGAUUUUGGGAAAAGCGGUCCACUUUUAAAAGGUAGCAAUUUGAGUGACGUAGAAUAUUCCGCCAGGAACUGCGUCGACUACCAUGUGCCACGGCUCAUUUUUGAUGAAAUGCUAACGCCUCAGUAUGAGAACAAUAUAAAGGCGAAUGACAAGUUACUGAAUCACACUCUCAAUAUUCUACAUCCUUCAAACUCCAGAGAUCUCUGUACAGCUUUGUCAUGUCUUUCUGGACAUAGCCCUAAUGAGUUCUAUGCUCUUUCCAAUGAAAACCUUGUUAAGAGAGCUUUAAACUCAGAAGAGGGUAAAUCUCACAGACCAAAAAUUGUAUACUCCAAUGAUGAGCUUGCGGAAGUGAAUAGAAAUCGAUUCACCGUUGAAAAUUGUUCCGACGCUCUUUUCAAUGUUGGACAAACAACGACAAAGGGUGUUCUUGAUUCGCUACUUAACAUCAGACGAGGUGUUUAUGAGGAGCAGUAUAUGAAUGUAUGGCACCCUGCAUACCAUCGUGCUGUUAACGCGCCCCCUAUUAACAUGGAAGUUGCCAGCUCCAGCCAAUUUUCUCGCAGGAGACAGCUUGAACUCUUCGAUCCAGUUUUAUGCCAGGCCUUCAGCAGCAUUCCUGCAGAGACCCAACUUGAACUACUUACAAAAUACAAGCUAUCACCAAAUGCGUUUCCUAUAUCAGAGCGUUUUCCAAAGCCUCUCAAUAAAAAUUUCACGUCUGCUAUUUCGAUGCCUUCCAUGGAUAAAUUUAUCAUGGAGUCUACUAAACUGAAGAAAUUGGACGAAAUGUUGGUAGACUUGAAGAAAGGAGGUCACCGCGUCUUAAUAUAUUUUCAAAUGACCAAAAUGAUGGAUCUAAUGGAAGAAUACUUAACAUACAGACAAUACAAGCAUAUCCGUUUAGAUGGCUCCUCCAAGCUAGAAGAUAGAAGAGAUCUCGUUCACGAUUGGCAAACUAGGCCAGAAAUUUUCAUCUUCUUACUGAGUACUAGGGCCGGUGGGCUGGGCAUCAACCUAACUGCUGCCGACACGGUUAUAUUCUACGAUUCUGAUUGGAACCCGACAAUUGACUCCCAAGCCAUGGACAGAGCGCACAGGCUCGGUCAAACAAGGCAAGUGACAGUAUAUAGGCUUCUGAUCAGAGGAACAAUCGAAGAACGGAUGCGCGAUAGAGCCAAACAGAAGGAACACGUGCAACAGGUGGUCAUGGAGGGCAAGACACAAGAAAAAACAAUCCACACCGUCGGUGCUACUAGUUAG